ACUCCGUGUAUCUCCCUAAUAAGUGCUUCUAUGGACGCCAAUAAUCCUAUAACCCACAAAAUACUACAGAAUAUUCGUAUUAAUGGGCCAGAUACCCUUGAAUAACUGUUACAUCUCGAAAGAUGUCUCGGCUGAAUCCACGGGUGACCCACGCCUGGAUCAUCGGAGCUGAUAUCUCGUCGCUGGCGGCUGCUGUAUAUCUCAUCCAUGAUGGACACGUACCUGCCGCUCAUAUUCAUAUCAUGGUCGACGAUUCUCAGACAACUGAUGAAGUCGGGUUCAUCUCCUGCUCAAUUGACAGGUGCACGGCACAUCUUCUGUCCAGCAUUAACAACCGUACUCUCCCACAUAAAGAUACCUCGGACGAUAUUGAGACGAAAGUAGCAAAUGCAGGAGUAAAACCGCAGCCGAAGACAUGUUAUUUUGUAAAGCACAGUGGAUGCAAAAUUCGCCGAAUCGAACAACCUGCCAGUCAGCUACGGCUUGCAGAUCGAAAAGGUAUCGUCAAAGUCAUGCUCGGCGAUGCGCGAAGCCUGGAUUCUAAGACCAUCGAAGAUUGUUUCAGGGGAUGUUUCUUCCACUCAGAGCUAUGGCUAUUGCUUUCAACGAGAUUCGCGAUGCAGCCAUGCCAUAGCGCAUUGGAGUUCCAGCGAUGUCUGCGGAAGUACCUCGAAGAAGCUGAGUACUGCCGGAUGGACUCACCUGUGGCUGCUCUACAAGUUACGGAAUCGCUUCGAGAGAUACUGCGGAAUCAUCUAGAAGAGGAGGGAGUCGACUUUUGGCAUAACACCGCGGUACGGGACCUCAAGCUUCUGACCGAGAACUCCUGGACGCGCAUAUCAAUGAUCGAGGCCAAACGAGAGGGAAAGAGCCUCAAAAUAUCAAUAUCAUCGGAGGACAUCGUGCUCGUGGCCCUCGGCUCUGCGAGCUCGGGCUCACUCACUGGUAGUAAUGGAUCUCCCCCGCCUCCAAUACCGGUGAGAGCAGACAGGAUUAUGAAUGCUUCAUGGUCAUUGUGGUUCAGGCUUUGGCAGUAUUCCCCGGAAUUCGGAAAUCCAACCGCGUUCUGUACCCAUUUGUCAGAGUCGAAGGUGGAAGCUUUCACAAUUACACUUCAGGAUGGUGGAGAGAACUUGUAUAGAUAUCUCACGGAGCAAAUGGGAGAAAACUCUUCCCUGGCCAUACCGGACAGCAACUGGUCGUUAUCUAUUUAUCCCUGCCAGCGCCUAACACGGUCUGGAGAGCGAGCAAAGACCUAUACAAUCUGGGGCUAUGGGCUCACACCGGAAAGGUAUGGAAAUUUCAUCCAAAAGCCCAUGUGCCGCUGCGCUGGACAAGAGAUAUUAAGUGAACUGAUAUCGCACCUGGGGUCGGGCUUCGAUAGAGCCCUGUCUACGUCAGUAACUAUACCUCGCUUGAUACCUCUAGCGUCGGCAUCUCUCGUGAGGCGAAGUCGAGUUGACAGACCGCAAACCAUUCCCAAAGGGAUGAAAAACAUAGGACUCAUCGGAAUGUUCUCGGAAGUCGCAGAUGAGACUGUCUGUGGUGUUGAAUAUGGUAUUAGAACUGCCCAGACUGCUGUCUAUGGGCUAAUGGGCCUGCACCAGAGCUUACCAAAGGUUGGGAUUAAUGCUGUAGCGGAGAAACAUGGGAACAGAGAAUGAUACCUGGCAAAAAUUGCACAUGUAUUAAAUCUAGCACUUGCAUUAAUUAUCUCCAGGCUUUUAGUGAUAUCAUGCAUUCAAAGC